UCCGGUAGUCUUCGUUGCCGCUGCUGCCGCUGCUGCUCCUGCUGCUGCUGAGGCUGCAGGCGGAGGCCGGAGGACCGGGCGGCGGCGGCGGCGGCGGCGGCAGCGGGAGCGGAAUCGCAGCGGGACGACCGGGCGAGAGCAGGCGAGUUGAGAGUCGAGCGUGAGGAGCCAGAGCCGCCCGGCCCCGCCGCCGCUGCCGUCGCCGCUGCCGCUGCACAAAGCCUCGAGCCUGCGUCGGAGCCAUGUCCGCAUCGGCCGGCGGUAGCCACCAGCCCAGCCAGAGCCGCGCCAUCCCCACGCGCACCGUGGCUAUCAGCGACGCCGCGCAGCUACCUCAGGACUACUGCACCACGCCCGGGGGGACGCUGUUCUCCACAACGCCGGGAGGAACACGAAUCAUUUAUGACCGAAAGUUUCUGUUGGACCGUCGCAAUUCUCCCAUGGCACAGACCCCACCUUGCCAUCUGCCCAAUAUCCCUGGAGUCACCAGUCCUGGCGCCUUAAUUGAAGACUCCAAAGUAGAAGUGAACAACUUAAACAACCUGAACAAUCAUGACAGGAAGCAUGCAGUUGGGGAUGAGGCUCAGUUUGAGAUGGACAUCUGACUACUGCCAUGUGGAAGGAGGCCUCGUGGAGCAGCCUGUGUGCACCUGACUGGCCCAGUAGGAACACAGUGUACAGAGAAGCUCCUGUCCCCCUGCCCCUUCUGGGUGCCAAAUAAUGGGAGAUGUGUGCCGUCUGACCACAUCUUCCCGUCUCCUGCCCUCUGCCCAGUUAAGGUUAGGUUGAUGAAUAAGCCCUUGGAUUAUUCUGUGGAGCUGACCAGUCCACAGAAGAAACCAGACCCUGUAGCUUCCCUGGUCAUUUCCCAAGAAUCUUCCUGCCCUAUUGAGACUUGCCCCAAGUCUAGGGCAGUCUCCAAGCAGCACCUCUGCUUGUAGGGGUUGGGGGUGAAGGAGGUUUAGUGCCCAUUGCUGUUCCUGGGCUCUCCCUGUCCUUCCCUGCAGCCCACUACUGGUGGAGUGCUGGAUGUGGGGGACGUUUGUCCUCAGCUCUGGAGCAUAGUCCUGUACCUUCUGCACCUCUGCUGCAUUCCUGGGACAGCAGCCUCCCCUUUCUCUGGGAGGAAGGCUUCUGUCUUGUCUUGGGUGUGAUAGCUCAUCCCCCCAUUCCUUUACCCAAUUCAUUGGCACGGGUAUUUUUUAAGCCCUCCUGAAGGGACCCCUUGGUGACCAGCUGGUCUUUGCCUGUCUGACAUUCUUUCUACCUGCAUCCCGCAGGUAGAGUCUGCCCUGACACACCCGUGACUUUGUCUGCUCUUAGAGCAGAAGUGCCAACACCUUGGCCUGCACCUGGUGAGUCCUGCCUGCUCUCAGCGGUCUGCCUGAGAAUAUAUCAGGGGCCUCUGAAGAGGACUGAGCCGCUGUGCAGCCAGCCUCGGGGUCAUGGUUUUAAAACCAGAUGUACCUUACGUUGGGUGUCCUGCAGGUUACUAUACCUUGAGUUUAAAGUCGACUUCCUCUUACAUUUCUCCCCUGCUUUGGAUCUGCUUUGUGCUUGGCUGCCGAGAGAGCAGCUCAGGCUAAGACAGUGUAUUCCUCCCAGGUCUCUCGCCCUUCUCAUCGUCCGUCCGUCCUUCCUUCUUCCUUCUCUCCUUAAAUUCUUUCCUUCUGGUUCUUCCACUAGGCCAUUUUCCACAUCUGCACCAGAAGAGAUGCCUCCCAUGUUGGUAUCUGAUAAUAUCAGCCUCUCCUUAUCAGAGGAGAGACCUUUUAUUUUUAAGAUGACUACAGACCUAUUUUUAGAUAAGUUUUCAGUACAAUUUUGAACUACAACUUUUUUAACAAAACAUCUUCCAGUAUUGGGAAGGUUAUUUUAAAAAGAAAAAAAAAAAAAAAAAAACGUUUGUAGGCAAGUCCACUGCUGUCACUGUCCUUUGUCUCCCAUGGCCCCUUCUGAGCUCUCCUGUGCCCUUGAGCUUUGGGGCUAUCUGGAGUGUAGAAUGGGUGUUUUGUGAAACUGGACCAGUCUGCCUUGCCAUGAGCUGUUGAAGAAAACUCUGUCCUCCUCCCCCCUCUCCCCGCUCCCCCAUAUCCCACUCUCCUGUACUGUGGUCCACAUGGAGAUCCCAGGAGAGAGGCUUCCGACACACAGGCUCAUCCAUCCAUCCUCCUGAGGGGAGACAGUAAAGCAAUCAGGGGUGCCCCUGGGAGUUUCUGGUUGUAUCGGAUGCCUAUACUAAGCCCCCUUAGUAAGAUUUCAGGUCCCCAUUGGCUGGGAAAGAAAGCUGUUUGUUUUUCUUUUGAACCAUGGAAAGACCCUCUUUUGAGAAGACUUUAGGAAAAAGAAAGAAGGGACAUCUUCAGACCUCAGUUCUGGUUUCUGCUACACAAUGUGAAAUAGCUCGGAGUGUAAUCCUCUGUGACGGUCGCUGUCUCAGGAAUAAGCUUGGGGGUAUCCAAUGCUUGGGGAUUCUUGGAGUCUCCAAGGUGAUAAUCACAAGAGUUUUUUUUUUCUCUGUUAAAUGUAUCUGUACUGUUUUUAAUUAAACUCCAAAUUGCAUUUCCUAUGGAGUCUUGGGAAAAUGUAAGCUGUGCUGUCAUUGGGCUAAGAAGCUUGUUCAGGACCUUGUUUCGUACCUGGGAGCAAGGCUCAUGGUUCUUCACGCUGGUGGUGCCUCGUAUGGACUCUGAAUCCUGCUGAAGUGAGGAGGUUGUGAGAAGAGCAUCUGCUUCCUCACUGAACAGUGAGGCACGAGUGGCUUCCUCCUGGACCACAGCUCGGAAUGGAUCUGAGAUGUGGGCGCUGAGCAGGGAACUGUUUCCCUUUUCUUGCCAUCUUGGGGAGUCUGCUUGUGCACCUCCUCUUCCCUCAGUCAGUGGACAUGUGCUAGUAUUCUUUAGAGUGUCACCUGUGUGGGGCAGGAGCCUUCCAGCCUUGGGUCCUCUGCCAGGAUCCCUCACUUCCAGGGACGAGCCUUGUCUGAAGGCUGCCACUACCUGGUCUUUGACCUCCGUAAAUCAACAGUGUGAGAUAAUUGCACAAGACAAGAAAUCAGCUUCCAAUGACAGCAUCUUUGUACAUGAGCCAUUUUCUAAUAAGCAGAGUCCAUUUCGGGGUUCAGCUCUGGGUGUGUACGGAGCCUCACAGCUGGAGCCUUAUGUGGAGAUGUGUGAUGCCCUAAUCUGCCAGUCCCCCACUCCCGCCCCCCCUCCAAGCGAGACAGGUGUAACAUCUUAGUUGCCAUCUGUUCUCUGUUGAGGGGACAACAGCCUUCAUGAGGAAGAACCCCCUUCAGUGACUUCCCUUCUGAGCUCCCAGCCCUCCUGUUCUGCUGAAAUAGGUACUGCCUUCUCUGGGCAAAGGAGAAGCUAGCAAGAGUUCUGUCCUUUGGCUUGUAUAGGUUAUCUGUUGCUGUGUAAGAAAUUACCUGCAAUGGCAAGGGCUUCUCUCGGGUAGGGAUUCAGGAGCUGCCGAGCAUGGAGACUUUAGCAUAGGCUCUCAGAAGAUACAGGUAGUAUGGGUGUGGGCCGCUCUCAUCUGCAGCUGGAGAAUUCUACUUUUUUUGUGGCCAUCAGCAGGAUCCCUUCCUUGAUCAUACCCCCAUGGGUCUCGGGGUAGAGUCUGUGCCAGAGCACCCUGCUUCCUCCUGAACGGUUGACCCCAGAGGAGGUAGAAGAAAGUUUCAGUGCCUUUAAUUCACCAUGCCCUAAAAGGAGGAAAAGAGGAGAUGAAGGAGGUGGAGGCAGUCACAGCCAUAAGCUAUUAGAACAGACUUGUAUCUGCUUGUCCUAGGGAGAGGCGGCAGGAAGUGAAGAUUCCCAGAUCUACACUCUCAACUGCCAUCUUCUCAAGAAUGCUUGCUUUGCAGGUCUCUGAGGCGGCCGCUUUAAGCAUUGCUUACCACUUCUGUUUGCCUUUAGCCACGAAUUGACUAAAGGAACUGGGGGCAUUCUGGGGAGCUGCUUGUCAGGCAGGUAACAAGGGAUGUUAGAUCUUGGAACUGGGGGCAUCUCUGGGGAGCUGCUUGUCAGGCAGGUAACAAGGGAUGUUAGAUCUUAGGUUCCUGAGCUGCAGGACAAGCAGCAGUUGUGAUGGUGUGGAAGCCAGGUGAGUCAGUGCAUUGGUCAAGGUCUCCCACCCGUGAGCCAGGCACACCUAAGAGUACACAUGUCCGUGCCCUGGUCAGCGCAGCAUGCAGAGGAGCGAGCGAAUCACCUCCUGGGUGCCUUGUUGGAAGUGUGCUCUUAAACCUGUAAGAGAAGCUUGAGAGGUAGCUCACAGUGCCUCAGAUCUCACGGGAUGUCUGCUGCUUCCUGCUAGCAGGUCUCGCCAUCCUUCGGUGGAAGCUCUUGUUGGGAUUGGUGUGCUGUCCUUCACUAGCAGUUUCUUUCUUGUAGCCAUACUUGCUUUAGCAUGUGCUGGAGGUCCUAGUGGACUGGGUUUGGGCCGGGGGCUGGCCUGGGUGCUGUCUCCUUGGGCUUCUCGGACCUUCCCGGUUGAGUUGGGUUCCACUGAGUGUCCAGACACCCAGCUCAUGCACACGGCUCCAGUGUUGGCAGCCAUGUAUGAGGGAUGGAACCUUCUUCCCAUCUCUAUCUUGAGUGUUAGCAGCUUGAGGGGGUGGUGCCGUAGCCCUUUCACUCCCUUUAGAAGGAAGGCACCACUGUCUUCAUAUAUGUAGUUCAAGUUCUUUGAUGUGUUGUUUUCUGAACUCCAUGCCCACGGCAGCUAUUUAUUAAUGUGCGAAACUCAAUCACUGACCCAUCCUUACCAUAGGAAGGUAGGGCCUUCCCGUGUAGUGGGGGAACACCAUUUCUUAGGGCAGAAGGUUCUGUCUGAACUUGGAGUGGAGCAUGGUUCCUCCAGCCCCUAGCCUCUCAUCUUUUAGUGUCGGGAAUUGGGUUUCUGCGGUUGACUCAGUCCUUCAGUGCUUAGCAGUGUUUCCUGCUCUGGUAACGGGUUUCUGCGUGGUGGCUAGCUCAUAAAAACUUGACUGAAGACUAAGGAUGAGUGACAGGUCCUCAGUUUUCCAGUUAACCAAUCAAAAUACCUUCCCCACCGUGUGAAAUUAUAGCUUUCCUUUAGGCAGGUCCUGGAGCGUGGUGCCUGUUGGCAGAACUUAACUUUUAAAGGCCUCAGGUGGUCCAUAGUUUCCCCCUGCCUGCUCAGCUCUUCUUGUAGCCCUGGUGGCCAUACUGCGUGCCCAGUAGAAAAAGACCUACUGCGCUGAGAUACUUCCCAGCAGAUGCAGAUUCCGGUUGACAUUUGUGAGGUAUAAGGGUGACAGCAAGAGGCUGGAUGUACUGGUAUAUACAUGGCUGUGCCCCUGCCAGGGCUUCAGACCCAGACUCCCAUGAAUCCAGCACAGAAUGCCCCUUCUUGCCUCUAUACCCCCCUUCCUCUCCAUUUCACUCUUGAAAACUGCCCAGCACUGACCUGGGGGUUAUGGCUGGGGAACGGGACUGUGGGGACACCAGCAGGAGGCAGGGCCCAUGGGGACCACACAGGCUCAAGCCAAUGCCUUUACCCCACUUAAUGGCCGCAGGUCAGCUCCAGUAAUACUUAAAAUGACUUAAAGAGCCUCCAAGGACUCCAAUCCCCAGUCCAUUGUAAUAAGCAUCUUCGUGUUUUCUGAUUACCCUUCCCUGCUCACUGCUGCCCUCCCAGCCCUGUGGGAUGGGGUUUCAGAGGCUGCCAGCGCUUCCCUUGGCUUCCCCUUUGUUCCUCUGGUGUGCUGUUACCCCCACCCCCACCCCCCAACCUCCUCUCAGUCACUGUCAGCAAUGCCAUCCUAAGACCGUGUGUGAUCCCAUGACCAGUUUGUUUUCACUGUCCUGCCAAACAAGCAGGUGUUUGGAACUAGGGAAAUAAAUCCUCACCAACGGUUGCUGUUACAGUUAAAUAAAGACCUUGAAUACUGA